CCCGGAAGCAAAGACAUUUACCUUCCGGUGCAGCGUUGGUUGUCAAGGAAGCUGGACGUGGGUUGUUGCCAUGGAGUUCUAAGUCUGUUUCGCGUCUGCUACUGAGGAGGACCAAGAAAUAAAAUCGAAUAAAAAACCCACCGAGGCAGAAUGUUUGUUUACCUGAGCAAAAAGAUUGCAGUUCCUGGAAAUGUUAGGCUAAGAUGUAUUUCUUGGAACAAGGACCAGGGCUUUAUUGCAUGUGGUGGAGAAGAUGGUCUGCUGAAAGUUGUAAAAUUAGAGACAAAACCAGAUGAAACCAAAUUAAUGGGACUUGCAGCACCUAGCAACCUCUCGAUGAAUCAAGCACUUGAAGGUCACCAUGGAUCUGUGCAGGUAGUGACUUGGAAUGAGCAGUAUCAGAAGUUAACUACCAGUGAUCAAAAUGGGCUCAUCAUUGUGUGGAUGCUGUUUAAUGGCCGUUGGUAUGAAGAGAUGAUCAACAAUAGAAAUAAAUCUGUUGUUCGAAGCAUGAGAUGGAAUGCUGAUGGGCAGAAAAUUUGCAUUGUAUAUGAAGAUGGUGCUGUAAUCGUUGGUUCCGUGGAUGGGAAUCGUAUUUGGGGAAAAGAUUUGAAGGGUACACAGCUUAGCCAUGUUGCGUGGUCUCCAGACAGCAGAACCCUACUGUUUGGUAUGGCAAAUGGAGAAAUACACGUUUAUGACAAUCAAGGAAAUUUUAUGAUGAAGAUGAAAAUGAACUGUUUGGUGAACAUAACUGGAGCAUUCAGCAUUGCUGGAAUACACUGGUAUCCUGGCACAGAGGGCUACAUUGAACCGGAUUGCCCUUGCCUUGCUAUUUGUUUUGACAAUGGAAGAUGCCAAAUCAUGAGACAUGAGAAUGAUCAAAAUCCUGUCUUGAUUGACACUGCUAUGCACGUUGUGAGUAUUCAGUGGAACCACUGUGGAAACGUGCUGGCUAUUGCAGGCUUCCAGAAGGUAGCUACUCAAGAGAAAGAUUUAAAUAUUGUGCAGUUCUACACUCCAUUUGGUGAGCAUUUGCGUACACUGAAAGUUCCAGGAAACCAGAUGUCAGCUCUGUCUUGGGAAGGAGGAGGUCUGAAAAUAGCACUAGCUGUUGAUUCAUUCAUUUAUUUUGCAAACAUUCGGCCAGACUAUAAGUGGGGUUACUGUUCUAAUACAGUGGUUUAUGCAUAUACCCGGCCGAAUCGUCCAGAGUACUGUGUGGUCUUCUGGGACACAAAAAACAAUGAAAAAUAUUUGAAAUAUGUCAAGAGUCUAAUCUCCAUAACAACAUGUGGGGACUUCUGCAUUUUGGCAACUAAAGCUGAUGAAAACCAGCCUCAGGAGGAGCAUGAGACUGAAUCUGUUGAUGCAAUGUAUGUACUUGUUCUCUGCAAUUCUAUUGGUACUCCCCUCGAUCCAAAAUAUAUUGACAUAGCACCACUUCUUGUUACCAUGACCAAAACUCAAGUAAUAGCAGCUUCAAAAGAAGCAUUUUAUACCUGGCAAUAUCGUGUAGCCAAGAAGCUCACAGCAAUGGAAAUUAACCAGGUGUCACGGACAAGAAAAGAAGGCAGAGAGAGGAUUUACCAUGUAGAUGAUACCCCUACUGGAGCAGCUGAUGGAAUGCUUGACUAUACCAAAACCAUUCAAGGAACAAGGGAUCCAAUUUGUGCAGUAACAGCAUCUGAUAAAACACUUAUAAUUGGACGAGAAUCUGGCACACUUCAGAGAUAUACUCUUCCCAAUGUUGGCUUAAUUCAGAAGUAUAAUCUAAAUUGUCGACCUUAUCGACUGUCUUUGAAUUGUAACUCCAGUCGCCUUGCUAUCAUGGACCUUUCAGGAAUAUUGUCCUUCUUUGACUUGGAUACUCGAGUAACAGACAGUACAGGACAUCAAGUAAUAGGACAGCAACUCAACCCGGAACGCAAAGAUGUCUGGGAUAUGAAAUGGGCCAAAGAUAACCCAGACUUAUUUGCCAUGAUGGAAAAAACAAGAAUGUAUGUGUUCAGAAACCUGGAUCCUGAGGAACCCAUUCAAACAUCUGGAUACAUUUGCAACUUUGAAGAUUUAGAAAUUAAGUCUGUUUUAUUGGAUGAAAUUUUAAAGAAUCCUGACCAACCUAAUAAGGAUUAUAUAAUUAAUUUUGAGAUUAGAUCACUACGGGACACUCGAACAUUGAUUGAGGAAUUGGGGAUUGAAGAGUCUUCCCAGUUCAUCGAAGAUAACCCGCAUCCAAGACUCUGGCGUUUACUGGCUGAAGCAGCUCUCCAGAGGCUAGAUCUCCAGACUGCUGAGCAAGCAUUUGUGCGCUACAAAGAUUACCAAGGUAUUCGGUUUGUAAAGCGCCUUGGCAACCUACAGAGUGAAUCAAUGAAGCAAGCUGAAGUGGCAGCUUAUUUUGGCAGAUUUGAAGAAGCUGAAAGGAUGUACUUGGACCUGGACAGAAGAGAUCUUGCGAUUAAUUUACGGAUAAAACUAGGAGACGGGUUCCGAGUAUUGCAACUAUUGAAAACAGGCUCAGGACAUGCAGAUGAUAGUCUUCUUGAACAAGCACACAAUGCAAUUGGAGACUACUUUGCAGAUAGACAAAAAUGGAUGAAUGCUGUUCCGUAUUAUGUACAAGGCAGAAACCAAGAACGUUUGGCUGAAUGCUACUAUAUGUUAGAAGAUUAUCAAGGCUUAGAGGAUUUGGCGAACUCCCUUCCAGAAAACAACAAGCUGCUUCCUGAUAUUGCCCAUAAGUUUGUUACCGUGGGUAUGUGUGAACAAGCCGUAACAGCCUUUCUCAAAAGCAACAGAGCAAAGGAUGCUGUAGAUACCUGUGUACAUCUCAAUCAGUGGAGCAAAGCUGUUGAACUGGCUAAACAACACAAUAUGAAAGAGAUUGGUUCCCUGCUAGCUAGAUAUGCAUCGCAUUUAUUGGAAAAGAAUAAACCCCUUGAUGCUGUUGAAUUGUAUCGUAAAGCUAAUUAUUUCUUUGAUGCCGCUAAGCUCAUGUUCAAGGUUGCAGAUGAAGAGGCUAAAAAGAAGACCAAACCUUUGCGUGUUAAAAAGCUAUAUGUCAUGUCAGCUUUACUUGUGGAGCAAUACCAUGAACAAAUGAAAAACUCACAGCGUGGAAAAGUAAAAGGAAAGACUUCAGAGGUUACUUCAGCAUUAGCUGGUUUGCUUGAGGAAGAUGUCCUUUCUUCAGAUAGCCGACUAAUUGAUAAUGCUUGGCGAGGAGCUGAAGCUUACCAUUAUUUUAUUCUUGCCCAAAGGCAGCUCUACGAAGGUUACGUAGAUACAGCAAUGAAGACAGCCCUUCAUCUGAGGGAUUAUGAAGAUAUUAUUCCUGCAGUAGAGAUAUAUUCCUUAUUGGCUCUCUGUGCAUGUGCCAACAGAGCAUUUGGUACCUGUUCAAAAGCAUUUGUUAAACUUGAAGUUUUAGAAACCCUUAGCGCAGAACAGAGGCAGCAGUAUGAAGAUCUUGCCCUGCAGAUUUUCACUAAACACUAUUCUAAAGACAACAAAAAGUCAGAGUUGGAUGGCCUUCUUGAAGAAGGAGAAGGGAAGCUUCCAACAUGUGUUGCUACAGGAAGACCCAUCACAGAGUAUCAGUUCUGGAUGUGCAGUGUGUGCAAACACUGUGUGCAGGCUCAAGAAAUCAGCAAUUACAACUUCUGCCCCCUCUGCCACAGCUCAGUAGCCUAAUAAUAGGGGAAAGAAUGGCCCAUUUUGGUAUGUACAGCAAGUGCAACUGUAUAUGGUUUGAAAUGUUUAGAAAGAUGGUUCUAAGGAGAAUUAAAUGCUGAAACAAGACAGUGAUGUCUCUCAUCUGUGCCUAUUAAGACAGAAUUAAUCCAGAUCCUUUCUUUAAAACUGCCUCAACCUGGAAAGGCUUUUUUCUUCUUCUUCUUCUUCUUGUAUAAAGGCAGUAUAUAGACCUCUCCAAACAAAAUGAAUGCCUACCCUACGCCUCUGUGUUUACUUAGAAACACUUUCUACUUUAUGAUCCCUUCAUUUUUUAUUUUUAUGUACUCUAUAUAUUAGAAUAAUUUUCCAAAAUCAUAAGGAAGAAUUCUUGAAAGAAAUAAUUUUGCACCCAAUGUUGUUAACAAAACCAUUCCCCCACCCCACCCUGCUCUUUGGCUCUUUUACAGUUAGAUGGAAAUGCCAUAAUCAGUUACAUUUCCUAAAAUAAUUAUGCCGAUUAUGUCAUUUUCUAAGCACCAAAUGGGGAAAGUGUCAUAGCUUAAAUUAAAAGUCCAGAAACUGAGAUCUCUACAUAGUUGUCCUAACCCGGUGGUCAGUUUGGGGGGCGGGGGGAGAAAAAGAUCAAUCCAACACUUAUUUCCCUCCCCCCAACAUCUGAUUUCCAGAAUAUUUGCUGUUUUGAACUGCUCCUUGCACACAAUCCAGCUGUUGGAUUGGACAGCACAACCUGAAACCAGCUGAGCACAAAUGCUUCCUUCUCCCUUUCCACUUUCCCUUUCAGCCUUCCAAUCACGGAAAGAAUCUAUUAUCUUCUGGAAAUGCUGAAGCUUGGAUAGCAGGUGGGCGGAGUGUCUGAGCACAUUGGCACUAGGACAGGGCUUGCAGGCAUGCUCUCAGGAUGCUGCAUGUGAGUGAAGUGUCCCUGCAAAGUGAGAAGGCAAAGGACUAAGGGAGUAUGCAGGCUCAGCAGGUUUCAGGUCUUAUUUCAUAACCCAACAAACCAAGGUGUGUGUGGCGGGGGCGGUGGGGGAUGUUGCAUAGUCUGAACCAGCCCUGCAUGUUACAUCUGACAAAAUUGUCUAUUACUUGAGACUUUUUAAACAAGAUUAUAUUAACUUGUAUAUGGACAGUGAAAUGUAUGUAUCCAGUAGUUGACUCUGAGGUCAACUUUCUUUGUUUUUGUUUGUUUUUUGUACAGGGGAAAAAACUUAAGAAAAGUAGUAUACUAUAUAAAUAAAAUAUUUUCUAGUUCAA